AACCCAUCUCAGACAAAACCUCCCUUAAAGCCCGAUCCCCUUCUUCACCUCUCUCUCUCUCUCUCUCUCUCUCUCUCUGAAAGAUUCAAAGAUCUAAUCUUUUCUUUUUACAAUGGAGGCCCUUUGUUCUUCUGCUUCUACUUGUUCUUGUUCUUCAUCUCUUCCUUUAUGUCCAGUCAACUUCUCCCGCGCAUCCCUCAAGACCCCUCGAACUUUCGGUUUUCCCAAUUGCAUCAGAAAACACACUCAUGUCACGACAUCCUCUUUGGCAAUCGAGCAGCAGUCCCAAAAUCCCAAACUCGCUCUCAUCAAAAUUGGCACCAGAGGAAGCCCACUAGCUCUUGCUCAAGCUUAUCAAACAAAAGACAAGCUCAUUGCAUCGCAUCCCCACUUAGCUGAAGAGGGUGCAAUUGAAAUAGUCAUUAUCAAAACUACUGGUGAUAAGAUACUAAGCCAGCCCCUGGCCGAUAUCGGCGGCAAGGGAUUGUUCACCAAGGAAAUCGAUGAGGCAUUGAUAAACGGUGACAUUGACAUUGCUGUACACUCCAUGAAAGAUGUACCUACUUAUCUACCAGACAAGACAAUUUUGCCUUGCAACCUUCCCCGUGAGGAUGUUCGUGAUGCAUUUAUAUGCUUAACUGCAUCUUCACUAGCAGAACUGCCAGCUGGGAGUGUUAUUGGUACUGCCUCACUUAGACGAAAGUCGCAGAUACUCCAUAGAUAUCCAUUGCUUAAAGUAGAGGAGAACUUUCGGGGUAAUGUCCAGACUAGGUUAAAGAAACUUAAUGAGAAGGUAGUCCAAGCUACCUUAUUGGCGUUAGCUGGGCUGAAACGCCUGAAUAUGGAGGAAAAUGUAACUUCGAUUCUCUCACUGGAUGAAAUGCUUCCAGCUGUCGCCCAAGGGGCAAUUGGAAUUGCCUGCCGGAGCAAUGACGAUAAAAUGGCUGAAUAUAUUGCCAAAUUGAAUCAUGAAGAAACAAGACUAGCAGUUGCAUGUGAGAGGGCAUUUCUUUUGACCCUUGAUGGGUCUUGCCGAACUCCUAUUGCUGGAUAUGCCAGCAAAGAUGCCGAUGGUAAUUGCAUAUUCAAAGGCUUGGUGGCUUCCCCUGAUGGAACCCGCGUACUAGAGACGUCUAGGAAAGGCCUGUAUGCUUAUAAAGAGAUGAUGGAGAUAGGUAAGGAUGCAGGACAGGAACUUCUUAAACAGGCAGGUCCUGGCUUCUUUGGUUGUUAAAGUGAAGAAGAUUGACAGAAGAGUAGGGAAAAGAAAGCAGUGGGAACCAACGGUUUCUCCCCCUCUGUAUCCAAUUUUUGGCGAUUGCCACCAACAUGAACAAGAGUAGUCAGGUUUCUUUAUGAUCAUCCUUUUGGAUAGUAUUUUUUGUUUGUUUGUUUUUUUAUUGUUGCUAGAAUGGCUGUUAAUUUGAAAAAAGGAUGAUUGUUUCAGUGACGUUGGAUAUUAGAAUUUAGAAGAGAAGUCAGUCACUUAAUAGGCAUAGAUAGCUUGUUUGAUGUAAUCUGAGUUCAUUUAAAUGAUUUAAUAGAGAUUUUUUUUUU